AUGGCGCCGGGGGAUUUGAUCGACUUCGACUUAAUUGAGGCACAAAAGGAAAAUGUUCAAUCCCUCCCAGGUGGACGGUCAGCGAGGGCGCUUGCUGCAGUUCUUUCCGGCGGCCCUGGUGGCGGCGCUACGUCGUCACCGGGAUUGAACGAGACGAGAACUUUCAACGACGCAAUCCGGAGAGAAUACGAACUCGAGCUUCAAUCUAUCGCAGAAUCUGACGAUCCGCUAGAUAUAUAUGACCGCUACGUCAAGUGGACUUUGGAUGCAUACCCAUCAGCACAGGCUACGCCACAGUCUGGCCUUUUACCGCUACUAGAGCGGGCAACAAAGGCAUUCUUGCCGUCCGCCCAUUAUAAGAAUGACCCACGAUAUCUAAGGCUUUGGCUACAUUAUAUUCGACUUUUCUCCGACGCACCACGCGAGACAUUUGCAUUUAUGGCACGACACGGUAUUGGAGAGGGACUUGCCUUAUUUUACGAAGAGUUUGCUUCCUGGUUAGAAGGCGCUGGGAGGUUUACCCAGGCGAAGGAGGUUUAUCAACUAGGGCUACAGCGAGAGGCGCGGCCUACUGAACGAUUGCUACGAAAAUUCAGUGAAUUUCGAGCCCGUCUUGAACAGCAGCCAAGGGCCUCGGACGGACCAUCUUCACCUGCCUUGCCCAAAGUGAGGCCAGCGUUGGCAGCGAAAAUUGACCCCUUCUCUUCUGCUACGCCGUCUCCUGUUGAUCCCCAAGCCCCAGCGCCAACAGUUGCCAGAGGGCCGACAGCAAAGAGAUCGGGGAAGCCAAAGAUGUCGAUUUUCUCUGACGCUGACAGCGCGCAGGAUGGUGGAAAACCGCUGGCCGGUAGUGAAACCAAAGGUUGGGAGAGUAUCGGGUCACUUCAAGAUCGCAGGAAGGAGAAUACAGUGGAGGUGAAGCCUUGGGUAGGAGAAACUUUGAAAGCAGGAAAGCGGGUUGGAACAGGACCAAAGAUGACGGUGUUUAAGGAUAAGAUAUUUACAUCACCGUCCUUAUCAGGACACCCACAAGCAAUAAUAGUAAACAAUAUACCGCUUCCUCGCAAUGAGAAGGAAUCAACCAAUCCCAGAACUGGUAAAGUUGAACGAGUGUAUGUCAACCUUGAAGCUAUAUACCCUGACCCCGAAAAUCCGCUCGUUGAAAUGAGUCUUGAAGAGCUACGAGCAUUCAGCCGGGGAUGGAUGGACAAAGAUUGGUCGAAGCAAGAAAUAGAGCCGUUGAAGGAGAUAUCUACCAAUGUCCCAUACAGAGAUCCGCCUACCUACGGGCAUGGAGAAGAUGGAAUGGCUAAGAACAUGUCAACACAAUUGAAGGACAAGCUUGUAAUACAUGAACAGUCCCCGCAACCAGGGGACCCCCAAGGUGUGGAAGUUAACCGUGAUGGGAAAGGAUCGAAAUCGAGACGUCUAAAAGUUCGCGAAAUUAAAGGGGAGACGCAAACAGUCAAAACCAACCUGGAAUCGCCGACUGGCCCCAAACUAAAACGCAGAAAUGCGUCAGAACCCACCAUGACGUUCCAUACUCGAGCUGCCACAGAUGAAAUAUACAGUAUUUUCAACCAGCCGCUUAAAUCAGAAAGGCAAAGGGAUCUUGCAGAGAGCCUUUGUGGGAGCGACUAUGAGGACGAUGACUACACGAGUGCCGGGGAGAGCACAUGUACAGGCAGGAUAUCCGGAACAACCAGCGAGUUUGGAGAGGACGAGACAACUGGCUUCCGAAAGACAAGACAGGACAGUCAUUUCGAGCAGGAUGAGACGCAUGCUGAAAGUAUUGGUGUAGGUGAUUGGACAGAAUUCACUGCCAGUCGACAUGUCCCAAGUCUCUACCCUGAAGGAAGCAAUGGACAAGGCCAAGAUAUAACACAACCACACACUCUAGAUGUUGAAUCCUUAACAGGCAUAACUCAUCAUGAUUCCUCUUUAACGAACCCUGCCAUGAACGACAUGUCCACUCCAGCAGCCGGAAUGUCUCAAACCAAAAGUAGGUUUGUGCCUGUUCCUCCAGAAGAUUACAAUGCCCCUUUAGGCCCUUACCGCGACGCUACGAUAGUGGCCCAGAACAGACUGCCAUUUAUGACCCCAAUUGUGGAAAUGACGGAGUCAUCACUUGGAUCGACAACAUUCAAAGGCAAAAUGUUUGCGAAUACGAAGACUCCCUCGAGAAAAGCGGUGCCCUCAACCCCUAUGAUCCCAGAGAUGGAUGACCUGCUCUUGAGUAGCCCAUUCCAUGAGCUUACCCAGUCGAACGACACCGUCUUUUCGUCCUUGCCUGAGGAGAGUUCUCCGAGCCGCCUCGCGAAAAAGAUGAAACGUUCACCAAAGAAGGCCAAGUACCCACACAAAUCGCAGCUUAUCAUCGAAGAAUCCCAAUGCAAUCCGAUCGACCCGGAAAUUAGAGAGAAGAUCCUCAAGAAUAUCUACCCGUCUCUUCACACAUAUCCGGGUUACUAUGAUCAUGGAAGCCAAAGAGCAGGCCGCGCUUCCGAUAUUCGCAAAUACAUCAAAAGUGUCUCGAAACAGCCUAAGGGUAGCGGAGCCGACCGCCCAGCUCUAACACCGCCGGUUCUCUGUUUUACAGGGGCAAACCGGAGCUACGCUAUCAAUCAGGAGCUAGGGGAAGGUGGCUUCGCUCCUGUAUACCUGGUUGAAAGCGUUGAUUCGCCAGACACUCUCACUUCGGAUUCUGAGAAAGAAAAUGGCACCAUAACUGCGAAUAAUCAUCGUCGAAUUUCUGCGAGUGUGAGCCCCUUAUUUAAGUCUCGACGGGAUGCUGAACGACGAGGCUUGGAGGCAAUCAAGGUGGAGUCGGAAUCACCUUCUGCUUGGGAGUUUUAUAUGCUCCGAAUCGUGCAUGCACGCAUCGGUUCAUCUCCCACCUAUAGCCGGGUUACGGACAGCAUCAUACAAGCACAUGAGAUGCAUAUCUUCAAAGACGAGGGGUUAUCUUGUGGAAGAUUACCAAACCAAGGGACGGGUGAUUGA